AUGGAGGGCCCAACUGGAGAUGUGAUUAACCUCAUAUUAUGGUUAUCUAAAAGAUUUUCGCACUACAUCUACUUGAAUGGUAUGUCAAACAGUCAUUACAGUCAAUUGGUAAAAGACCAUGUGCGGCAGUCUAGAAACCAAGAAGGCGUAGAUGGCAAUAGAAAACGUCGUCGUAUCAAAAAGGAAGUUGAAAGCAUAGAUUUGACCAUAGAUGAUAAAGACAAUAAUUCAGCAAGUGUUGCAGCUGACAAUGAUAAUGAUAAUGAUGAUGACGAUGAUUCUGAUGAUUUCGAAGAUGUUGAUUUGGGACCCAAGGAGACCACUAAGGAUAGCAACGACAAUUCAGACUCUGAUGCACUGGACUUUGAAAGUGAGCAGAGAGAUUAUUCAUUCUUAGAUAAGCCUGAAGAACCUGAAGAUAAUACAAUUACUAUCUCAUUAGCACGCCCAGAAGAACCAAAGUCAACCAAGAAACGAGUACAAUUCAUAGAUAAGGAGGCCAGAAAUACCAGACUUCUCCUACAUCAAUGGUAUUUGGUGACCUUGAUCUGUCAUGGUGUCAUAAGAAACUCAUGGUGUAAUGAGCCGCGUCUUAUCGCCUUGCUAAGGAAAUCCAUUUCUUCUGAUGUUCACGAGGAACUUAAGAGUAUCAGGUCCCAUAAGGGAAUAAGUGCAGCCAAUUCAGUUCGAUUUGUCGGUUUGAUACGACAGCUCAUGUUUGAUUAUUCAAAGAAAUUUAAGAUCUCAAAGCAAGGAUUGAUCAGAAAAAACUGGAACGAAUUGUCAAUCCACCAGAGCAAUAUUGAUAGGAAUGUCAACAUAGAUAAAUUCAGGCAGCUAGUAACACGAUUUCAAGGGUCAAGGGACAUCGGAGCUCAAGGGUUUGUUGCUCUUUUACGAUCUUUGGGAUUGAAAGUGAGAUUGAUAUUCUCUCUUCAACCACCAGAUUUCACUAUGAUAACUGAACUACCCAAAAUAGAGAUCAAGAACUUGGAGAAGGAGAAACCCAAACCCAAAGAUUCAAAACAGGCAUUUCUUCAAUCAGUGAAAGACAAUCAAGCCUCAAAAUUUGGUCAUAAAUUCCCCAAUUCAACUUACCCAAUUUUCUGGAUCGAGAUUUGGAACAAGUAUAAUAAGAAAUGGUUAUCUGUGGAUCCAAUAGUAUUGAAAAUUGUUGAAACACCCCCAAUGAGGAGAAAAUCUUCUUUUGAACCACCGAUGUCAGAUGCAACUAACAAUUUGCUAUACGUGAUAGCGUUUGAUGGGUCUGGUAAGAUCAAAGAUGUAACCAGAAGAUAUGCCAGUGAGUACAAUUCGAAAACAGUUAAAAAACGAGUAGGCAGUAAGUCGGAGGCAUUGAGUAUAUGGUAUAGUAAGAUGAUCAAUAGUUUCAACUCAGUUAUAUCUCAUGGGAAAAUCACUCCUGAUUCUUUAACGAGACUCGAUAUAUUAGAACUCAAAGAGUUCAGAGAUCGUGAUUUAUGUGAAGGUAUGCCCAACAAUGCUGCUGGAUUCAAAGAUCAUCCUAUUUACGCUCUUGAAUCCCAAUUGAGACAAAAUGAGAUAAUACAUCCCAAAGAUGAUACUACCAAGGUUGGUACCUUCCGAUUCAAACUAUCAGGUAAAUCUAAAAAAUCAGAUUUGGUACCUGUUUACAAGAGAUCCGCAGUACAUUAUUUGAGAUCUGCUAAAGCAUGGUACUUGAGGGGUAGGGUGUUGAAAGUAGGACAGCAACCACUUCGGAUCAAAAAGGCAAAGAAGACAAAAAGGAAUUUCGAUGAAUUCUUCGAUGAUGACGGGGAUGAUGAUAAUGAUGAUGAAGCUACUCGUUUAUAUGCGGAGUUUCAAACGAAGUUGUAUAUACCUCCUCCUGUAACCAACGGUAUUAUUAACAAAAAUGCCUAUGGAAAUAUCGAUAUAUACGUACCCACAAUGAUACCUGAUGGUGGUUUUUUAAUUCCCAUUGACAAAGCACCAGUAUUUUUGAUAGAAAAAGCUGCAAAGAUGUUGGAAGUUGAUUAUGCACGAGCUAUUGUUGCUUUUGAUUUUGGUAAACAAGGUGCAAAAACUUACAAAAAGAUUCCCAACGCGAGAGAAGGGGGUGUAUUAGUUGCUGAGGAGAAUAAGGAUGCCAUUUUCUUGGUGUUGGAUGAAUUAAUUGAGGAAGAAGAAGCUAAGAAGAGAAAGAAAGUGGAGCUCAAUUCAUUGACCAACUGGAAGUUCUUCAUCACCAAAUUGAGAAUCAUGAAACGUCUUGACAAACAACAUGGUAAAGUUGAAAAAUCUAAGCCUCAUAAAUCUGUCCCUCAAAAUGGUGAGUCCGAUCAAAGUUCUGAUUUUAGCGUUUAUAGUGAAGAUGAAGAUCAAGAUAGUGACGAAGAAUUCGAACAAGGCGGAUUCUUUGUUGGGGAUACCAAUAAUGAGAUUGGGAGCCAAAGUGACCAAGAAAUAGUGAUGGACAAGGGUGAUGUGAACAUUUCCACGAAUUCUGGAGAUUUUGAGGAUUUCGCCGAAAGUGAAAAAAAUAAUUCAUCUGACGAAGAAGGUGGAUUUAUUCCUUUUGAAACCUUUGAUCCUCCCAAAAUUUCUCCCAAAGACACCUUCAAUCAUUUUGAUAUCGAAGAAACGAAGAGUAUUGAGCUGGUCGAUGAGUCAACUAACGGAAUGCAUGCGGAUUUGUUAGACAGAAGCGCAUACGAAAAUAAUUACCGCUCGACUGAUGACUUCCUUAUGGACAUACCUGAUGAUGAAUUCAUCAUGCAAGAUGACGGAGAAGUGAUUUAUAAUCCUGAAAGGGAACAACAACAUCAAAUUCUCAAACAGGAAAAUUUAACCCAAAAUACUCUGAUUAGUGAUAAAGAUAAGAACAUGAAUUUUAUCAGUGAGAGUGUGAGUAAACCAAUAGCGGAAAUUCACGAUCAUUCUAACGCGCAAUCUGAUAACGGUUUUGAUGAUGAGUUUGAAUUUGAAUAUAGUGAUGAUGAAUGA